UCUUUCAGUCAGUUGGGGCGCGGCGGUGGCUCUGCGAGUUCGUCCUGGAAGCGUGUGCCCAGGAGGGUCAGGGAGGAGGAGUGGAAUCACUUGUUCAUGGGGGACCACUUUGAGAAGGGCCAGCAUGCUUUGCUCAAUGAAGGAGAAGAGAAUGAGAUGGAAAUAUUUGGCUAUCGGACUCAAAGCUGCAGGAAAGUCCUCUGCCUGGCUGGAUCCAUCGUCUCAUUUGGAAUCCUCCCCUUGGUGUUUUAUUGGAGACCGGCUUGGCAUGUCUGGGCAAGCUGUGUCCCGUGUUCCUUGCAAGAAGCAGACAUUGUGCUACUGAGGACAACAGAUGAAUUCCAAACUUACUCUUCGAAAAAGGUAGUGUGGAUCCACCUGUCAACAUUAAGCAGCACAUUUGGUCUUACCCCUGAUCACCCUCUCAUUACAGAUGAGGAGUUUAUCAUAAAUAGAGCCAUCAGAAAGCCAGACCUAAAGGUGAGAUGCAUAAAGGUGCAGAAAAUGAGAUAUGUUUGGAAUAACUUAGAAGGACAGUUCCAAAAAGUCGGCUCGUUGGAAGACUGGCUCAGUUCUGCCAAGAUACAUCUAAAAUUUGGAUCAGGUCUAACAAGAGAAGAACAGGAGAUUAGGAGGCUAAUAUGUGGGCCUAAUACUAUUGAUGUUGAAAUCACACCUAUUUGGAAACUGCUCAUCAAGGAGGUUCUCAAUCCAUUUUACAUAUUUCAACUCUUCAGUGUCUGUCUGUGGUUUAGUGAAGACUAUAAAGAAUAUGCUGUUGCCAUCAUAAUAAUGUCCAUCAUUUCCAUAGCUCUGACAGUGUAUGACCUCAGAGAGCAAUCUGUAAAACUCCACCAUCUAGUUGAAUCACAUAAUAGCAUUACAGUCUCUGUGUGUGGGAAAAAUGCUGGAGUCCAAGAGCUGGAAUCACGCUUCCUGGUGCCUGGAGAUUUAUUAAUUUUGACAGGGAACAAGGUGCAAAUGCCAUGUGAUGCCAUUCUGAUUGAUGGCAGCUGUGUGGUAGAUGAAGGCAUGCUGACAGGAGAAAGUAUCCCGGUCACCAAAACUCCAUUGCUCAAGACAGACAGCUUGGUGCCCUGGAAAUUGCAAAGUGAAGCAGAUUACAAACGGCACAUCCUCUUCUGUGGAACAGAGGUCAUCCAGGCCAAAGCAGUGUGCUCGACUUCAGGGACUGUGAGAGCAGUGGUGCUGCAGACUGGAUUCAACACUGCAAAGGGGGACCUCGUGAGAUCCAUUCUUUACCCCAAGCCAAUGAAUUUUAAGCUCUACAGGGAUGCCAUCAGAUUUCUACUGUGCCUUGUAGGGACGGCCACUAUUGGCAUGAUCUAUACUCUGUGUGUCUAUGUGCUCAGUGGGGAGUCUCCUGAGGAGGUGGUCAAGAAAGCCCUUGACGUGGUCACCAUCGCAGUCCCUCCUGCCUUGCCUGCUGCCCUGACCACGGGCAUUAUCUAUGCCCAGAGGAGGCUGAAGAAGAGAGGUAUCUUCUGCAUUAGCCCGCAGAGGAUCAAUGUGUGUGGACAGUUGAACCUUGUCUGCUUUGACAAGACAGGCACCUUAACAAGGGAUGGCUUGGAUCUCUGGGGAGUGGUACCCUGUGAUAGGAAUGGCUUCCAGGAAGUCCACAGCUUUGCCUCGGGCAAGGCUUUGCCAUGGGGACCUCUGUGUGCAGCCAUGGCCAGCUGCCACUCUCUGAUACUUCUCAAUGGGACCAUCCAGGGAGACCCUCUGGACCUCAAAAUGUUUGAGGCCACCACCUGGGAAAUGGCUGUUUCUGGGGAUGAUUUCCACAUCAAGGGAGUGCCGGCAUAUGCCAUGGUAGUUAAGCCCUGCAAAACAGCCAGCCAGGUCCCAGUGGAAGGAAUUGCAAUUCUCCAUCAGUUCCCCUUCUCAUCAGCACUGCAGAGGAUGACAGUCAUUGUCCAAGAGAUGGGAGGUAACCGACUGGCGUUCAUGAAAGGUGCACCAGAGAGGGUGGCAGGCUUUUGCCAACCUGAGACAGUCCCAACUAGUUUUGUUAGUGAACUUCAGAUUUACACGACACAGGGGUUCCGGGUCAUAGCACUGGCCUACAAGAAGCUGGAAACUGACCACCACACAACCUCCUUGACAAGGGAGAAGGUAGAAUCAGACUUGAUAUUUCUGGGAUUACUGAUCUUGGAGAACAGAUUGAAGGAAGAGACAAAACCUGUCUUGGAAGAGCUCAUCUCAGCCCGGAUAAGGACGGUAAUGAUCACAGGCGACAAUCUUCAGACUGCAGUAACAGUGGCCAGAAAGUCUGGGAUGGUUUCUGAAAGCCAAAAAGUCAUUCUCAUCGAGGCAAAUGAGACCACUGGGUCCUCGUCAGCAUCGAUAUCUUGGAAAUUAGUAGAAGAGAAGAAACAUGUUUCAUAUGGGAAUCAGGACAAUUACAUUAACAUCAGGGAAGAAGUCUCUGAUAAUGGCAGAGAAGGAAGUUAUCAUUUUGCCCUAAGUGGAAAAUCCUUCCAUGUUAUAACUCAACAUUUCAGCAGCCUACUGCCAAAGAUACUUAUCAAUGGGACCAUCUUUGCAAGAAUGUCUCCUGGGCAGAAAUCCAGUCUGGUGGAAGAAUUUCAGAAACUGGAUUAUUUUGUAGGUAUGUGCGGAGAUGGAGCCAAUGACUGCGGGGCCUUGAAAAUGGCUCAUGUGGGCAUCUCUCUGUCAGAGCAGGAGGCAUCUGUGGCCUCACCUUUCACUUCCAAGACUCCAAACAUUGAGUGCGUCCCUCACCUUAUCAAGGAAGGACGAGCAGCUCUUGUGACCUCGUUUUGCAUGUUUAAGUACAUGGCUCUGUACAGCAUGAUUCAGUAUGUUGGUGUUCUCCUGCUCUACUGGGAGACAAACAGCCUGUCAAACUACCAGUUUCUAUUCCAGGAUUUGGCCAUUACAACUCUGAUUGGUGUAACAAUGAAUCUGAACGGUGCUUACCCCAAGCUGGUGCCCUUCAGACCUGCGGGACGGCUGAUCUCCCCACCUCUGCUGCUUUCUGUCAUUCUCAACAUUCUUCUCAGCCUGGCCAUGCAUAUUGUUGGCUUCAUCCUGGUUCAGAAACAGCCUUGGUAUUCUAUGGAAUUGCACAGUGCCUGCACAGCACAAAAUCAAAGCAUCUCAAAGUUAAACAUUUCUCCAACUGUUCCUGAAAAAGUUGGAAGUAAUAGUGCCUUUACAAGUUUUGAGAACACUACUAUAUGGUUCUUGGGAACAAUCAACUGUAUCAUUGUGGCUUUUAUAUUCUCUAAAGGAAAACCAUUCAGGCAGCCCACCUAUACAAACUAUAUAUUUGUCCUUGUGCUGAUUAUACAGCUGUGCGUGUGUAUAUUCAUUCUAUUUGCUGAUAUUCCAGAAUUGUAUAGAAGUUUGGAUCUGCUCUGCACGCCUGUCCUGUGGAGGGUCUACAUCCUCAUCAUGCUCAGCUCCAAUUUUUUUGUGUCUCUUAUUGUGGAGGAGGCCAUUAUUGAAAACCGAGCUCUGUGGAUGGCAAUCAAAAAAUGUGUUGGCUAUCAAUCAAAAAGUCAGUAUCGAAUAUGGCAGAGGAACUUGGCGAAUGAUUCCAGCUGGCCCCCGCUAAACCAGAUCUCCUACUCUGAUAUGCCUGGGCGUGGCAGGGGGGUGUCCUACAGCAAUCCUGUGUUUGAAAGCAAUGAGGAACAGCUCUGA